AUGAAACUCGCAAUCACCGUUUUAUCAUCAAUUCUGGCCAUCUGCUCAGUUACUGUCGCCAAACCAGUUAAUCCCAGCGCGACUACAAGUGUUGAAUCUAGCACUUCAACAGCUGUUCCCAGUGCACAAACCACAGGCUGGAUUAAUUUUGAUCAACUUUCAGACGAGGGCAUGAAUUUGAUCAAAGAAUACGCACGAGUGAAUAAACAGCAUAAUGAGGCAAAGGCAAUGUGCGGCUCGACAGAAUCCAUAAUAGUUUCUCAAGAAAAAUUGGUAAAAGGACUAGCUAGCGAGCUUGGAGAUUUGAUGGAUAAAACCCAUAAAAGCAAGGAUGGUUCAGAGUACGAGGAAGAAGUCAAAAAAGCCAAUGCUCGGUUUGCAGAACAACAUUACCUUCUUCUCCAGUUUGAAAAAAAGUGUAUGGAUUCCUACUGGGACAAUUCUGGAAUUCGCUCGCAGCUCACUAAAAUCAAAAAUGAACUCGUGAAGUUCCUGUUCGGGGAACAUAUUAGUGCAGAAUUAGUCGAGGAUUACAUGCAACUUCUGGAAUCGGACUUCAUGUUUAUGAAACUCGUCAAAGAAUUUGAAGCUCUCGUAUUAGACCGACAACUAGAACCCGAGCAACCCUCUACUAGUGGAAUCCAGAGUCCACAACAUCGUGGAAAUUUGCCAUCAUCAUCGAGUCAAACACCUACAGUUCAAUCUACUAAAGCAUCCUCCGGUAAACGUAAGGCUUCCAAACAUCCUUCUGGUGGACAAAAAUCUCGCAAAUACUCUCGUGAGCAGAAAACCCCCAAAUCAUCCUAUCCAAAAGGAACUCCUAAACGUAAGGAUGGGUUUGAAUUACUUUCAAAUCCAUCCGACUCUGAAGAUUCGGAUUGA